GGGGUCACCGCCGCAAGCGCAAAAUAAAAGUUCCGCUCGUACAUCUUCCCUACGAACUCUCAUAGUUUAUCUCGCUGUUUGUUUUCGUGUUCAUAUAAUUUUUUGGUUUUGGCAAUGGCAAAAGUACAACUCUGGUCAUCUCUUCUGGCUAUCUUCCUUCUAGUCGCUACUGUCUUCGCACAAGAUGCAGGCAAAGAGGCUGAUGUUGGUGCAAUCGAUAUUUAUGGAGAAUUUCCCAACAAUCCCUUUGGAAUUAUCGUAAACGGCCAUAAGAACAAGCUUAACGUCUACUUUGACAACCAAGCUGAUGAAACUUACACCGUCAACUACAUCUCUGGUGCUCUUGUUAAGGCUGAUGACUUUUCUACCAUCGUCCGCAACCUCUCCGUCUACAAGUACGAUCUUACCAUUCCUGCCAAGCAAAAGGUUGCUAUCCCCUACCAGUUCCAUUCUGAGUUUGCUCCCCAAGAUCUUGGCCUGACUGUUAUCAUCGACUUUUCUGACUCGAACAAGACUCCUCUUCGCGGUAUUGCUUAUAACGGAACUGUCACUGUCACUGACCCCGAACACUCUAUCUUCGAUGUUCAACUUCUCUUCCUUUAUGCUGUUUUGGCUGCUAUUCUUGCUGGUGUUGGUUAUAUCAUCCAACAAGCUUUCUUCGGUUCCGCUGGAAAGAAAUCAAAGAAGAGCAAGAAGACUGCCGAAAAGGCUGCUCCUGUUAAGCACCGUGACGAGUCUGGUAACUUGGUUCUUGACGAAUCUUGGAUCCCUGAGCAGCAUCUCAAGAAGGCUUCCAGCCCUAAGCAGUCUCCCAAGACUAGAAAGAGAACUACUCGUACCAAAUAGAUUAGAGGGGAUUUGGUGAAAAAAAAACAGUGUUGUAAUUCACUUGUUUUAUGAUAUUUGUUCUUGGGACUCUCCAUAGAG